AUGAGAUUUACAAAGAUAUUUACACUCUUGUUUUUGUUGGUGGCAUCUGUCGUUGGUGAUGUUUCCAUUUCAAAACCUACAAAAGGUUCUUCAUACACUGUUAGUGGUGGUAAUGCUCAAGUUGAAAUCUCCUGGGAAGAAUCAAAUGCUACUCCAAAACUAAGUGAUAUUGAAGAAUAUAGUUUCACCAUCUGUACAGGUCCAAAUACUGAUAUUAAUGGGUUACAAACUAUUAAAAAAAUUACAGCUUCUGAUGUUAAAGGUAAUUCCUACACUUUAUCAAUCCCUUCAAAUGUUGGUGCUGAUGGUUCUUAUUAUGUCCAAGUUUAUGCCACAACAAAGAAUGGUUACACUAUUCAUUAUUCUCAAAGAUUCACACUACAGGGUAUGACUGGUUCUAAGAAACCAAGUGGUGGUGAUGAAGUAGCACCUCCAGCUGGUCAAACUUCAGUUAAUGCUGGUGAUCAAACUUCAACUUUAGCUCCUUCUGAUUUAUCAAAAUCUCAUCAGUUGUUUUAUACUUCUCAAACUGGGUUGACAAGAUAUGCUCCAAUGCAAACUCAACCAGGUUCCACUAUUACUGCUUCAACUUGGUCAAGAAGAUAUCAAACUUCGUCAGUUUCAUAUUUUUCUACCUUGAAACAUUCUGCUCAAGUCUUGUCUACAAAGACUCAAGACUGGUCUUACACCAUGAGUUCAGCUGUGAAUUACGCAAGCCCUGCCCCAGACCCUUCUGUCGCUGGUUGGUAUAAUCCAAGCUCUAAAAUCACACCAGCUUCAUUGUCUUCAUUCUCGUCAGGAUCUGAUGCUUCUUCUUCAAAGAAAUAG